GGGCUGUACCCAACCGGCCAGGCGCGCUGCGCUAGCGAGCGCAGUUACAGCCCAUCCUGCGGCCGAAGUCUCGGCAGCCUCAGAUUUCCGCGCCCCAAAUCUUAGCAACCCCAACUCCGUGGCCCCCGAGGACUCUGGGCCUCCGGCAGCUGCAGCCCCACAGGCCCCGAGUUCCAGCAGCUCGGAGUCUGCACUCGCAUCAUGCUGCUGAACUGUCACCGUGUCCCAGCCUUGGGAGCCAGCCAGCCAGUUUGGAAGAAGCACCAUCUCAUUUGUCUCUCAGGAGGGUUCUUUUCCAGUCCCAGUCUGCUCUUGCUGCUCAUCAGCUGCCUGCAAGCUGAGAGUGAGGUCAAGGAGGUCCAUGCGAUGGUGGGCAGCGAUGUGGAGCUCCGCUGUGCCUACCCCCACAGAAGCCACUUCAAUCUGGAUGAUCUGUAUGUCUAUUGGCAAACCGAGAACCCCAAAACCGCGGUGACAUACCACCUGCCUAACAAUGGGUCUACAGAGAUGUAUGCGGACAACCAGUACAAGAACCGGGCCCAUCUGUCACUGGAACGCAUGAAGCAGGGAGACUUCUCUCUGUCCCUGCAGAAUGUCACCCCCAAGGACUCCCAGGAGUUCAUAUGCCUGGUAUUUAAGUCUGAAGGGUUAAAAAACGUCUUAAAGGAGACAGUGAGACUGCAUGUGGCAGCAAACUUCAGCACACCUGUCAUCAGCACCUCUGGUAGCCCCUCCUCAGGCCAGGAACUCACUUUCACCUGCAAGUCUACGAAUGGCUACCCCAAGCCCAACCUGUACUGGAUCAACAGGACGGACAACAGCCUGAUAGCCGAGACGCUGCAGAAUAACACUGUCUACUUGAACGAGCGGGGCCUGUAUAAUGUGGUCAGCACCUUGCGGAUCCCGUGGACGGCCCCUGUGGACGUUAGCUGUUCCAUAGAGAAUGUGGUUCUCCACCAGAACCUCACCAGCAUCAGCCAGGCAGAAAACUACACUGGAAACAAUGACAAGAUCACAAAGGAUCCACAGGAAAACCACAGCCAGAAGAAAAACAUGGCCAUUUUCAUCAUCCUUGCUAUACUACUACUGCUGGCAGCUGCGGGUUUCAUCUGGUUUUUCAGAAGCAGGUGCCCCUGCAGACAAUAUGAAGGUCCCUGGACUGUAGAGCAGGAACCCACAGACCAUGCCUGACAGGACUCCGCCCAGGAUGUAGACUGGGCUUCUGUGAGAUGCCACCCGGUGGAUGUUGGACACAGCUCAGAACCGACUCCCACAGGCCUGGUGGCAGAAAGGGGACAAUGAGCCGUCUACUUCUGUGCUAUGAUGGAGGACAGGAACCCCUGGCCUUGAGAGGCACAGAGGAUUGGUCCCAGAAGCCUCGUGGGAGACCUUUCCAGUGGGCAGCAGCGACAUCAGAAUACGGAGCCUCAGAAUACAGAGCUGCCUGAGCCGCCAGUACGUGGCUCCCACCCAGCCAUCAGCACAGAGAGGAGGCGCUUGUGGGGAGGUCCUUCCCCAGCCCGAGCCCCAGAGCACGUGACUCAGCCCCUGGUUCUUACAGAAAGGGCAGUUGAGCCAUUCUGAAAGCACCUACAAAAUCCACUGGAGACCGUUUUCCUACAGCACUUUCAGGAGGGGAGAAGGCCUUAUUUAUUUUGGUCUCAAUCUACUUGGGCCUCCUAGAGGAUGUGUGGGGGUUGUUGUCUACAAAGAACCUGCUGUUGGUGAUAACGGCUGGGCCCAGAGGUUUGGGGUCUUUGGCUCUGCAGCAUCAAAGGGACAUGACUCAAAGCAAAACAUGUGCCGCCCAUGGGUGCUGCUCAUUCAUCACCGAAGGCCCUCGAGCCUGACUAGCCUGUGGAUACAGAAGCUUCCUGAAAACCUCUGGCUCUUCCAGACUGAACACAAAGCUGGAGGAGACCAGCUCCAUUCACCUGACCUCAGCAGCCCAUGAAGACCUAUGAAGACUCCUGCCACUCCUGGAACCACCAGACCCACCAGGUGGCCACAGCCACCGGGGUCUCUAUGCCAUUGGCCAGAACAGAGCUAGCCAUUUUGGUCCUAGAUGGUUCCGCAGAGUUGGCUACUGGGUAACCUAGGUGUGCACAAGCUCCAGGGAGAUGCAGUAGGGGCGUGGAACCCCCCCAGUGGGACACAGCAUCUGACCCUACUUGUGGGCAAACACCCUCCCUCCUUCCUACCCAGAGGCCUGACAGUCCUGGGCGGUAAGGGCUUGCUAGCUGUAUGGCCACUGCACAGUAUUGACGGAUGUGAGAUCCACGGCCCGGAUGGAGCAGGAGUGAGGAGGGAUAUCCCUGGGGUCAGGCUCAAGGGGAUGAGUAUUCUGAGGGCCUGGCUACGUCUCUGUGCAGACUCCUCACAUGGACUUAUUUAUUAAAUGAGUGUAGAGACCCACUUCUUCCUGCAGAGCAUUACGUGUCUGUAAAAUAGCAAUUGUCAUUGUGGGCCUAGAGUUGGCAGCUAUGGUAAAGGAAGCACAAGGAGCCACUGGGGUGCAAGAAGCUGGGGUACAGUGCUUCCAGAAGAGUUGUUUGGGAUUUAGUGCCUAUCCAAGUCCAAGGACACAGCCCUGCCCUGGGGGCGGGGGCAGGGGGUGGGAGUGGGAGUGUCAGUGUCUGUGGCAACCCAGCAGGGAGACCAGUCUAUUUCCACUCUCCUGUCAGAAGGUAGUUUCCCUCAGAAAGUGGUCAACCCUGCAGCUCAGUUGCCUCAGGGCACCACAAACAGUGUUCUCAUCGCUUAUGCAGGCAGUGGGAACCCUCGCCAACUAGGCCUCUAUGGGCUCUGCCUAGACCUUGGGCGGCGGCUUCUACAGUCUCUUCGCCUGCUGAUCCCAACAGGCUCCCACCUUCCCAUGGACCCCUGGGUGUACCCCCCCCCAGCACAUCAGCAUUCAUGAGACCUUCUGCCUCCUUCAGCCCAGAACCUUGCCGGCGUUCUUUAUCUGGGUUGUAGAUGGGGCUGGCUUUCAAUGUUGUUAUAGUGAUUUCCAGAACUCUGACGGGGAAAUAAAUAUAAGAUGUGCUUUC